GGACAACCGGUCAGGGACCCCGACGGUCCCCUCACCUCACACGCACAUUGACGCCCGCCAUGGACGGGGCGCUGCUUCACGUGCUGGUCGCCGGCGCAUUUGUAGCAGGUGGCGAUGCUGCACCAGCAGAAAUCGCGAUCGUGCGCGUGAUGCCUGCCGACGGGGAGCCACUAUCAGCCCCCGGCAUGCGUGACGACGUCCUGAUGGUGCCGCUCGCGGGGGGCCCGGAGGCGGUAGCUGACGACGCCGAGCCGGACGCCGAGGGGGAGGAGGAUCCCUGGGCGCUCAUCUCCAGCUGGCUGGGGCUGGACGAGACCACGGCGGCGCCCGCGCCCGCUGCGCCCCCACAGAGGGACGAGGGCCCGCUCAAAUACUUCUCCAGCGUCCAGUCGCAGUCGGACGGGAACGGAGACGGUGUCGUUCUGCUAAGGAUCGCCCGCGCGCUCAAGUCCGUGCAGGACGCCGACGAUGAGCUGCAGGGCCCGGAGAGCCGCGUGCUGGAGGAGGAGGAGGAUGGAGGCGUAGGCAGUCCUCUGGUGGACCAGGAGGAGCAGGACGCCGUCAUCGGGGACGUGCGGCACGCCCGCGCACGGCGCGCGCUCCGCCUUGUCGUCCGGCAGGCGGCUCCCCAGAACGGCGGCCAGCAGGACCCCGGCGACGGAGACGCUGGGCGCGCGGACGCGUCGUCGCCCGCUCCCGCGCCGGGAUCUUUCCUGGAGACCGUGCAGAACCAACUCCCGGGGCAGCUCCAAGGCCUCGGCGGCGCCAUGGAGGACUCGCGGAUGAUCGUCGGCUCCUUCCAGGCCAUCAUCAUGCCCGGCUCGGCCGCCACCGACGUCGGCCAGCAGAUCCAGGGCUUCAUCUCCAACAUGCCUCAGGUGCCGCAGCUGCCGGCCGGCGGCGGUUGACGGCCGAGCUGCUGGCUGGAGCACUGGCUGGUGCACCGGGGGAGGCGCGGGCUGCGCACGAACAAACCGAAACGGGAGAACAAGUUGCAGCUUGCAACGCCCGGAUGGGGGCGACUCGAACGGUUCGCAACCUAAUCGCUUGACCCUAAUCGCCCGUUUGAACAGCACCAAGUGAGGACGUUGAACCCAACUGCUGUAUACAAGCCGGUAAAGGAGCAGGCCCGGUCGAAAUAAAGAACGUUUUGGAAGAA